AUCAAAUAUCCAAUCAUUCUCCUCCUCCGAUCCAACUUCCCCAUUCUCUCACCAAAAUCCAGAAAGAGAGAGAAACACAGACCCCAGAUUCCAAUCACAGAUGGCUUCCUCUUCUUUCAGCGGCGACGAGACCGCUCCCUUCUUCGGCUUCCUCGGCGCCGCCGCAGCUCUCGUCUUCUCCUGCAUGGGCGCCGCGUACGGCACCGCGAAGAGCGGAGUCGGCGUGGCCUCGAUGGGAGUGAUGCGGCCGGAGCUGGUCAUGAAAUCGAUCGUUCCGGUGGUUAUGGCUGGAGUGCUUGGGAUCUACGGGCUCAUCAUUGCUGUGAUUAUCAGCACCGGGAUUAAUCCCAAGGCCAAGUCUUAUUACCUGUUUGAUGGAUAUGCUCACUUGUCCUCUGGCCUUGCUUGUGGCCUCGCCGGGCUCUCCGCCGGAAUGGCCAUCGGGAUCGUCGGUGACGCCGGUGUCCGGGCCAAUGCACAGCAGCCAAAGCUCUUUGUUGGCAUGAUCCUUAUCCUCAUCUUUGCUGAAGCUCUUGCUUUGUACGGUCUCAUUGUGGGGAUUAUUCUCUCAUCCCGAGCAGGGCAAUCUCGUGCAGACUAAGGAUAUCAGCUUGGUUAUUGAUCCUCUCAGUCCUUUGUAGAGGAUGCACAUUCACUGCCUCGACAAUUCUGUUAUCUCUAUAAAGUUCGAUUAAGUUUAGUUAGAAUUAUUAUAUUGUUAUUUGAGCGGCACUAUGUUUGUAGUUAUGAAGAAACAUUUGUUCUGAAUGCCAUUUUCCCUUGCUUCAAAAUAAGGACAGAUUAGUCGAUGAGAACUGGGUUUUGGUGGUUUUGUUAUAUAAUUGAUAUAAGUAGCUAAUUGAAUGAUAUAAGAGGCUGUUUGUUUCUAAAUACGAGUUACUUGCUUGA